AUUGCUUUCAUGGAUGUAGCCAGUGCAUAAGACAAAGUGCCGACGAAUGCUCCAAAGCAAUUUCAAGGCUUUUUCUGGACGUAUUAUGACUCGUUAUCAUUUCAAGUGACGAGAUUAGGCGUUUGACUGUACUGUGCAUUGACAAAGUCGUCAGCUUGAUAUUGUUUUAGGGACAUGGCCUCCUGAUUUUUAUUGUUCCCGGCAAAAACGGUUCUAGUCGUCAUCUAACUGUCUGAAUAAUUGUUCAUGUUUCUCCAGUUUUUGACUUUGAUCGAUGGAUCUCGAACUAUAUCAAGCUGUGAUCCAGGGAAAUGACAAGUUUCUCGAGGAUCUCAGCAACGCGGGCUCGUGUGAUGUGUUGCAGGUUACCUCUGGUCACAAGAACACUAUCCUCCACGUUGCAGCAAAGUGUGGCGGGAUACAGACAGCAGAGAAGAUCAUUGGUUUAUUCCCAGGCCUUCUUCACCAGACGAAUUCCAAAGGUGACUCACCGUUACAUGUUGCAGCGAGGUUAGGCCGCCUUGAAAUGAUUCAGCUGCUGGUGAACUGUGCUAAACUUGUGGAAAUUGAAGUGGGGAAGGAGCUGCUACGGAUGGAGAAUGUGGACAAGGACACGGCUCUCCAUGUAGCUGUGCGGAAUGGGCACUUUGAGGUUGUGAGUUUGUUAAUUAGUGAAGAUCCCGAGUUGACUCUAAUGCUGAAUGCUGCUGCCGAGUCUUCUCUUUUUCUGGCUGUGGAUCGCAAGUUCUACGCAAUUGCUCAGCGUAUUCUUGAAACUGUUCCUUCGUGUUGCUAUGGAGGAAGGGAUGACAUGAAUGUUCUACAUGCAGCUAUUAUAAGAGCCGAUCGGAGGUUUCUGCUCAUGGAUGCAGUGGCCAACAUCAUGACUUUCUGUUCUGUAGCUUUAAUCAUGUUCAUUAACAUACUCCUUCCCUCCGCUUUCAAACUUAGUUACUUCAAUUUUAGACGAUCUUGCAGCUUCGCUUACAUUGGAGCAGAUUUCUUGCAAGAGCUGCUGAAAAGAAACCCUUCCCUGUCCAGCGAAGCAGAUAAACGAGGAUGGAUCCCACUUCAUUAUGCUGCCUAUUCGGGCAAUGCGGAAGUCGUUCAACUCUUACUUCAAACAGACGCCUCACUUGCUUACGUGAAGGACAAGCAUGGGAUGUCCGCUCUCCAUCUCUCAGCUCAAUCAGGCCAUGUGGAAGUGGCGCAGAAGAUCACUGCAUUAUGCCCUGACACCUCCGAAUUGCUCGACAAUCGGUGUCGAACUGCUCUACACGUCGCAGCAGAGAGUGGGAGAAGGAACGUAGUCAAGUUUCUCCUGAAGGAGCAGUGUUUCUGCGAUCUCAUGAAUGAACAGGAUGAAGCUGGAGACACACCUCUGCACAUCGCAGCAGCUCAACAACAUGCCGAAGUUCACUUGCUUCUGGCCAGCGACCCUAGAGUGGACAGAGCCGGACUGACCGCCUCCGACAUGGCUCCCCUGCCGCUGGCUAGCAUUGCAGAAUCCGAAGAAAGCAUCAAACACAAUGAUGUUGGACUGUAUUCGAUCUCGAGGCUAAGUGGAAGUGUCAACCUCGUCGUGGCAACAGCGAUUGCAGCCGUAACGUUUGCAGCAAUCUUCACCAUCAUGAUGAUGGGAGGCACGAGAAUGCUGAGAAGGAAGCCGGGUUUCCAACUGUACGUGAUGGCCAACUCCCUGGCGUUUGGUCUGUCGACUGCGUCGAUGUUUGUCUACAUAGUGGGGUUGUUGGGAGCUGGACGGAGGAGGGAUUGCGCAGCCGUGGCAGUGAAGUUGUCGAACUACGCGGAGUUGUUCGGCGAAUGGUCGGUUUACGGGAUGGUGGUGGCGUUUGCUGCGGGGACGGCGGUGGUGUGUGGCGGUGAAGAGCUGGCGGUGUUCGCCGUUGCUUCUGUAGCAACUGGGUGUUGUUGUUUCCUUUUGGGGCCUUUGGUUUAUGGUUUAACCUUUCACGGCGGUGUGUGAUCGACUUGGAAGUAGAAGUAGAAGAAGGGUUUCAGAUUCAUGUGUGUAAGUUGUGUAUCUUUAAUAAAUCUACGAAAUUUAACAGAAAUUAUGUGUUCC